UAGGUUUUGUAUGUGGUGGAGAAAUUGCGAUGUGUUAGGAUUAGUCGUCGAUUAGGUAAAAGCUCCAUACUUCGAAGGAUAUAUAACAGUUGUUAUAGGUCGGUGUGGAUAUAAGAUCUGUUAUAGUCUGUUAUUUUAUUUUCAAUCUGAUAACUGAAGGUUGAAAAUUUAGGCGACAGAGACAACCAAAUUUGGGGGUGUUUGAAAGAGACGCCGUGGAAAAGCGGUGGUUGAUAUGAAUGCUGAGGGAGAUGAGGUUGCAGUCUUCGUGAUUGCAGGUAGCUGGGAGUGUUCUGAUAGAGGAAACUGGGAUUUUGUUCUCGCAAAGAAAUGUUAUGGACGGAGCACGGCUCUAAGUUUGGGACUGAGUUAUGAGGAACUAAUCGCAAAUGUUACAACUGAUUUCGAACUAUAUGGUUUGAACCUGAAACCAAAGCUGAGCUACUGGCUUCCAUGUCAACUGUCAAUGUUUUCUGUUAGCCGUAGACCUCCUGUUAUUAUUACGUCAACAAUGGGUAUAAGGAACUUCCUUAAUGUCAGGAGAGUUGCAGUGCAUCUUAAUCUACUCCUCUCUCUUGAUAAUAUGUCGUUUGAUAACUCAUGACAAAGUAUGAAUAAGCUGUGUGUUGCAGCUGAAGAGGGUAGGGACCAUGAAACAGGAGGUCAUAAAGACGAUGAUGUUGGGAACCGAAGGAUGUAUACGAUUGGAACGACUUCAAUGGGUCAGGGAGAAGGUAACUCUAUUCUUUCCAGGAGGCGUCAAUUGUUUGAUGGGGAAAAUGAGAAAGGGAAGGGCGUCGUUCUUGGUGAUGGAUCUUCUAGUGGGAGCGGAAUGAGGCCAUAUAGCGUUGGUGCUGAUCCUACCUUCGAGACUGAAGCUGUCAAUUUAGUACAACCGACAACGAACUUUGACGAACAGGUAAAGAAAACAAUGAACCAAGAGGCGAGGCUAAUAACAAAUCUAACUUAGGCAGCCUUUGUAAGACACGGAAGACAUCUAUCAAGUAUCGGGGUUUCGAGUAGGAGUUGAUCUGAACGGCAUGACUAGGAUAGGAGUCAACUUUGAAAAGCCUGUGAGGAAGGUAGCCUGCAUUAUAAACAUAUGUACCGGAAAUGUCAAAGAUCACAACAUACGGUAUAUGAUGACAUUGUAUUCUCAGUACACCCUAGAAGACAGUAAAUCUGUAAAACAGACUUUGGAAAUCUUUGCACUUCGGUUUA